AUGUCGCGCUUAUUGAAGCUUGUUUUAUUACUGGCUAUUACAGUACCCAUCAUAGAUGGUCAGUACUUCGGUAAUGUUAACAACACGAACACUUAUUUUCCACGUGAUAUCUACACAGACGGAAUUAUGAAGUUUGCCACAUCCAUUUCGUCCGGAAUGAACAUCACAAAUCAAGUAAAGGCUGCGUUCAAACUUCUAAAUGCAACUUCCAACAUUAUUGAUCGGAUUGGUUUCAAUGCCACUUUUCGAUUCCUUGAACUUGCACAAUCUAAAAAUAUAUCGUUUCUUGGAGUGGAUAAUGAGAAUUUAGACAUGAUUUACAAUGUUCUGAAAUUCCUUCAAUUUCUCUCCACUAUUGAAGAUACUUCAUCAACACCACCUGACUUCGAAGACAUUAUAACAGGUAUGGGAGCAGGAUUUACAGACGUAACUCUUCCGAUACUUGAAAAUGUUCUUAACAAUUUGACAUUGACUGCCGGUGAAAAUUUUACGGUAAUGUUAGCCCAAGUCCUUGGCAGUGGUUCCCAAGAUCUUCAUGGACCCAGAGACCUACAGACAUUUCUUGAACAAGCCAACUUGACUGCCAUGAAUUUUGAUCCCAUGGCUAUGCUGACAGGUAUGGGUGUCUCUCCUCUCUGUCUUCAGGAUCUAGGACUGAUGAUGACUGCACUUACCCAAGGUUCAAUGGAAGCUAUCCAAAUGUUAGACAGUAUGGGGAAGAUUCGAGCAGGUAUUCUUGAAGGAAAUGCGUAUUUCCCGGGAAUGUAUGACCAAUGCCUAAACAUUCAACCUUCGGAGUUUUCCACGCGAUACUGUAUGAUCCACUUACCUAUCUCCAUUCAGGGUUUCCCACUGGUUUUAAAAGAAGGUGUAUGCGUACCAAGUAAAUGUGGAGAAAGUGACAUUCUAAUUUUGACCAAUGCUUUGUUGUCCACAAUACCGGCCGGUGACUCGCCUAUCUAUGCAUACCAAACCACCUGCAGUCUUUUGGAAACUACAUACGACACCAAUGCGAUCGUUGGGAUGAGUAUAUGUGGUUUCUUCGUGGCCAUGAUGAUAGUAUCAACAGCAUUUGACUUACUGCGUGGAUACUUCACCAGAAAUAAGGCAGCUGCUGAAACAAAGGAACAAAAACCAAAGACAAUUCAUGACGUGCAAGCCCCCAUACCUGAAGCGAAAGAGGACGAUAAGCAGGGCGAAUUCCCCUCUAUUAUCUAUAAGAUUAAUUCGGAGGAGUACAAGGCUUCAUCAGCAGCAGAAGAGGGCGUUCCCAAGAUCUAUCCCACUGCUCCUAUCGAAGAAACUGAAGUCCCGCCGAAACAAACACAAGUACAUAGCGAUGGUAUUCUUGUCAAGCUUUUACUGUCAUUCUCCGUAUGGACCAACGGAAAAAAGCUUCUAAAUGCAGAACAGGGUGGGGCACUUGGAGCUGUGAAUGGUAUCCGGUUCCUGAGCAUGUCGUGGGUAAUACUUGGACACACAUAUUCCUUCUCCAUCACUUUUAUUCAGAAUCCGUUGACGUUCUAUAGUGGUAUGUUGUCUCGCUGGAGUUUUAUGGUUAUCAUGAAUGGACUGAUGUCGGUAGACACCUUUUUUACUAUGAGCGGGCUACUCGUGACGUAUGUGGUUCUGAAGGAAAUGAAGAAAGAAAAAGGACGAAUCAACUGGUUUAUGUUCUACUUCCAUCGAUUUUGGAGGCUCACUCCACCUUAUAUGUUAAUAUUGAUGAUCAGUGCAACUCUGUUCCGUUUCCUUGGUGAUGGUCCCGAAUGGCCAAGUAAUGGACUUGAAGGCGAAAAUUGCGCAGAAUCAUGGUGGACAAAUCUUUUGUAUGUGAAUAAUUUCUUCAAGUUGGACAAGCCGUGCUUCGGGGUGUCGUGGUAUUUAGCCAAUGAUAUGCAGUUUUACAUUCUCAGCCCGCUACUGCUAGUGCCUCUGUACUUCUUCCGGAAGAUAGGAGUUUUGGUGUGUGCUGUGUUCCUCCUCGGUGUGACUGUCACCACUGCCGUUAUCACCGCCGUGAACAACAUUCCUAUUACUGUCGCUGAUGCAGAGAGCUAUGAAGAUUUUAUGAAUCUGUAUUACGUUAAGCCGUACUGUCGCAUGGGGCCUUACAUCGUCGGUAUGAUCACUGGAUAUUUUCUCUACGAAAAAGGAUUGAAAGUUAAAAUCAACAAGUACGUCAACCUCUUCAUUUGGAUAGUAGCUACAGUUGUCGCUUGUUUGGUUGUGUACGGUAUUUAUGAUGCUAUAAAUGGAAAACCUAUUGAUGUUGGAGUUGCUGCCCUUUACAAUUCAACGUCAAGGACCUUGUGGGGUGCAUGCGUUAGCUGGGUGAUAUUUGCAUGUGCUACUGGAAAUGGAGGUUUCGUGAAUACAAUUUUGUCAUGGAAGCCAUUUAUUCCAUUAGGAAGGUUGACAUAUUGUGCUUAUCUCUGUCACAUGAUCAUCAUGUACAUGAAUCUGUUCUCCGCAAGACAACAUUUUUAUGCGACCGAUAAAAAUUUCAUUUAUCUAUUCCUUGGAUAUAUGGUGAUGACCUUUAUGGUUGCGUUUGUCCUCUCCCUGGCAUUUGAAGCGCCAAUGAUGGCAUUGGAAAAGGCCAUAUUCCGACGAGGUGAUGGGAAAAGGAAUGUCAAAUCAAGAAAGUGA